UGCGGCUAGUUUACACUAAUCUUACACAUAACUAGUGUAAGGUUACUCUCUGCAAGUUAGCUGUCGUGUGUGAGCCUACAUAGUCGCUUAAAAUUAGAGACAUAUCAAGUAGGAAGCAAAUUGUGAGGCAACCUGGGUGGCGAGAUAACCCAAUGAAAAUCGCUUCUAUUUUCGGAUGUACUUGCCUUCUACAAUAAUUGCGCGAUUUAAACAACGUUUGUUCUUGUUGACGAUCUCACGACGGCGGCGGCGGCGGCGGCGGCGGCGGCAGUGUCACAAGGACGACGGCGCACACAUCAAUGUUGUAUCGUCACGCAUGUGCGCAGCAUGUUACUAGUGUUGCUACGUGCACGCGUAUAUAUCUCCGCCUCGCGGAUUUGUCGCAAUGUCUCGUGUCGUUUGGAGGCAGAGCCGGAGCGAACAUGGCGAGACGUGUGGCGAGGCAAAGAGCAGAGCGGAGCGGAGCGGAGCGGAGCGACGCGGCGCGGCGCGACCUUGUCCUUGAGCAUAAUCUUUCCUCGUUAUCGGACGGCCGUCGAGGCUGCGGUCGCAUCGGACCGACUGCGAGCGAUUAGUGCAACUCCCGACCGUCUAGGCCUGUUUUUCCUGAGGACUGUUUUCCUGAGAAGAAAGAUAAUCCGAGUACCUCAAGCCAUGACUGUCACGAGUCAUCUUGAACGAGCGCUAUUGGUUAUCAGUGAUACCCCCCAGGUUCUAGGAAGCAAAGUCGCUAUCGCUGACCUUGCUAGCGAAAUACUUAACGCAGCGGCACGUGUGCGACGACGUAGAAGCUGACGAAGCAGAAGAGACCCGUGGAUAACGAACGAGGACGCGUGAAAGAAAAGGAGCCUGCAGUGGCGCGAUGUUUAAUUAAGACAUUAUCUAUUUUGAUAUAUACUAUAGGCAACA